CAUUCUCACACCCAAGAAACCCUAGUUUCACCAGGCCGCCUCUCUGUUUUCACAUUUUUUCUCGUUCGAUUAUUUUCGGUUUUUUUCUUUGAUUUCUUGUUUUCGUUUUCCGAUCUGAUCUUCAGCAGUAAUGGCUGGCAAAGGAGAGGGGCCCGCCAUCGGAAUCGAUCUCGGAACCACAUACUCGUGCGUCGGAGUGUGGCAACACGACCGUGUUGAGAUCAUCGCCAACGACCAGGGUAACAGAACGACGCCGUCUUAUGUUGCCUUCACGGACACCGAGCGUCUCAUCGGUGACGCCGCCAAGAACCAGGUUGCCAUGAACCCCAUCAACACCGUCUUCGAUGCAAAGCGGUUGAUUGGUAGGAGAUUCAACGAUCCAUCGGUUCAGAGUGACAUCAAGCUCUGGCCGUUCAAGGUAAUCUCUGGCCCGGGUGACAAGCCCAUGAUUGUGGUUAACUACAAGGGGGAAGAGAAGCAGUUUGCCGCCGAGGAAAUCUCCUCCAUGGUCCUCAUAAAGAUGCGUGAGAUCGCCGAGGCUUACCUUGGCUCCACCAUCAAGAACGCUGUCGUUACUGUCCCUGCUUACUUCAAUGACUCUCAGCGUCAGGCUACCAAGGAUGCUGGUGUCAUUGCCGGCCUCAAUGUGAUGCGUAUUAUCAAUGAGCCCACAGCAGCCGCCAUUGCCUAUGGUCUUGACAAGAAGGCCACCAGCGUUGGUGAGAAGAACGUGUUGAUCUUUGAUCUUGGUGGUGGUACUUUUGAUGUGUCUCUUCUGACCAUUGAAGAGGGUAUCUUUGAGGUCAAGGCAACUGCAGGUGACACUCACCUUGGAGGAGAAGAUUUUGACAACAGGAUGGUGAACCACUUUGUUCAGGAGUUCAAGAGGAAGAACAAGAAGGACAUUAGCGGAAACCCAAGAGCCCUUAGGAGGUUGAGAACAGCUUGUGAGAGGGCGAAGAGGACUCUUUCGUCCACUGCCCAAACGACCAUUGAGAUUGAUUCUCUCUAUGAGGGUAUUGAUUUCUACUCCCCCAUUACCCGUGCUAGGUUUGAGGAGCUCAACAUGGACCUCUUCAGGAAGUGUAUGGAGCCUGUUGAGAAGUGUUUGAGAGAUGCCAAGAUGGACAAGAGCAGUGUUCAUGAUGUUGUCCUUGUUGGUGGGUCCACCAGAAUUCCCAAGGUGCAGCAGUUGUUGCAGGACUUCUUCAACGGGAAGGAGCUUUGCAAGAGCAUUAACCCUGAUGAGGCCGUUGCUUAUGGUGCUGCUGUCCAGGCUGCUAUCUUGAGCGGUGAAGGAAAUGAGAAGGUUCAGGACUUGUUGCUCUUGGAUGUCACCCCUCUGUCUCUUGGUUUGGAAACUGCUGGUGGUGUUAUGACUGUUUUGAUCCCGAGGAACACAACAAUUCCCACCAAGAAGGAGCAGGUUUUCUCCACCUACUCUGACAACCAGCCCGGUGUGUUGAUCCAGGUCUACGAGGGUGAGAGAGCUAGGACCAGGGACAACAACUUGCUUGGUAAAUUUGAGCUCUCCGGCAUUCCCCCAGCUCCCAGGGGUGUUCCUCAGAUCAAUGUCUGCUUUGAUAUUGAUGCCAACGGUAUCUUGAACGUCUCUGCGGAGGACAAGACAACCGGGCAGAAGAACAAGAUCACCAUCACCAAUGACAAGGGUAGAUUGUCCAAGGAUGAGAUCGAGAAGAUGGUUCAAGAGGCCGAGAAAUACAAGGCAGAGGAUGAAGAGCACAAGAAGAAGGUUGAUGCCAAGAACGCUCUUGAGAACUACGCUUAUAACAUGAGGAACACCGUCAAGGAUGAGAAGAUAGCCUCUAAGCUUGAUGCUGCUGACAAGAAGAAGAUUGAGGACGCCAUUGAUGCAGCUAUUCAGUGGCUGGAUGGCAACCAGCUUGCUGAGUCCGACGAGUUUGAGGACAAGAUGAAGGAGCUCGAGAGCGUCUGCAACCCCAUCAUUGCAAAGAUGUACCAGGGUGCCGGUGGUGACAUGGGAGGAGCCAUGGACGAUGAUGUCCCACCUUCUGGUGGCAGCGGUGCUGGUCCUAAGAUUGAGGAGGUCGAUUAAGUGCGUCCUUUCUCUGUUUGGGAAUCUGCCCGUGCUAUCAAAUAUUUUUGGUUUUCUUUAGGAAUAGGGAAAAUCGGAUUUUAUCUUUUAGACUUUUAAUAUUUUUGGAACAUUCUUAUUGUUCACAUGGUCUAGGAUUUUUCAUUAUUAACUCCAAAUAUAUCUAUGCGGUUCCCAGAUCAAUUGUACUGCGAUUUUACCAUUAUAUUUUAGAAUCGGCAAAAGCUAAAUAUGCUGGCUUUUUUUGUU